AAAAGGGGAGCAAAUGGGAAUUAGGGUUUACCACUGCUGGAUCACGUGGGGGACGCAUGGCUUCCCAGAGAGACUAGGAAAAGGAGGCAACCCUUUUCUUUUUCUUUUUAUCUUUCACAAUCACGCUGAGAUCCAACGACACAGUUCACCCUCACGCGCUCUCAUAUACGCGUGGAACCCACACUCCCACUUCUCUACAUAAAUAAACUACCACAGUCCUCACACUCAGAUUGCUCGCUAAUCAUCUCAUCUCAUCUCAAUCGCCUUCCACUUUCCACAUUUCACCGCUCUUUGCUCUGCAACUGCCACGGAACCGGCAUCUUCAUCUUCAACUUCCACUCCAACUCCAACUCACAUGGCGCAAAUGUGGCUUCUCUGGUGGCCAAAGAACUCCUCUGCCGCCGCCAAAUCUAGCACACCCUCUGCCACCGGUGCCGUAUCUGCGACUUCGCUCGCCUCAAAGGUAUCCUCCUCGCACUGCAACCGCAUCGCCAAACUGUUGCGCAAACUGAAGAAACGCGGCAGAGUACUCUGUAGCACAACUGGGGAGAGCAGCAGCAACUUCCAAUGCCGCUACGAUCCUUUGAGCUACUCUCUCAACUUCGACACCAGCGGGUGCGGAAGCUUGUUAGAUGAGCACUACUAUCAGUUCUGCGCUUUCUCCUCGAGAUUCGCGUCCAAUCCAGGAACUGUUUCUCGUCCUGCCCCUGAUGGAACAGUCACUGCUUCUCGCUAGCGCGAUCUCUAUCCCUAGCAUUUUUCUUUCCCCUUUCUUAACCGAUCUUUUACUUGUAUGCAACAUUAGGGCGAUUUUGAUUUAUAUAUAAAAAUAUACCUGGUU